GCCAUUCUGCUGCUGCCGAGGAGCUGAAAGGCUCUCGUCCUGCUGGAGAAAUUGGGCGGGCGAGCAGAGGACGAGGGUGGUCGAGAGGAGCCAUGUCAUGGAGGAGUCCCGCGGAUUGAAGACUCGUCGGAAUUAUCGUCGACGGCACUGCUCGCAUGGCGGUGAUGAUGAGGAGGAGGACGAGGAGGACGACGAUGAUGAGAAGGACGAGAAGGACGAGAAGAAUUUUGGUUUGAAUUUCGAGUCCAGAGCUGGCGAGGAUGGGAAUUUGAAGCAGCCGUCAGCCUCCUCUGUGAUUCCUGUCGAUGAAGCCGUCGGGGCUUAUGAUUCAGCGUUGGGUUCUGUCGAUGGAGGAUCGCUGUCAGCUCCUCCUCCUUCUCCUCCUCGGGAGGCAUCGGGGGCUCAAGGAGUUGGCAGUGGGCGGAAUGGAGCGCGCAUUGCGAGUGGAAUUGGGUUCCACAUGCUCAGAGCGAUGGGAUGGACCGAGAACACGGGGCUCGGGCAAUCGAGGAAAGGCAUGGUCGACCCCAUUCUCCCCACAUCCAAAACUGGAAACCUAGGUUUAGGGUUCAACGCGAGUUCGACGUCCGUGCACGACACUCAGCAAGAAGCGAUCAGACAGUUGCAGAAGGCGAAGCGAGAAGAGCGCGAUCGGAAACUCAAGCUGAAGCUGGAGAAAGCACAAGAAGCGGAAGAAGACGACGUUUUUAUGAGAGAAAGUUUCAUAGCUGUGUCGGCUAAUUCUGAUGGACACCCUCUGGAGUCAAGCUCUUCUUCAUUUGUGGAGGGUGCUACAGAGUCCAAGACGCCAUCGACUCUGUCAGGAUCAGGGCUCAAGCUUGAAGAGGUCGGACGAUGUCCUCACUGCAGACAACGCUUCGAAUCAAAACAAGGUUUGAAGUCGCAUGUGCAGGCUCGCCACGCAAAGCUUCUUCGAGCAACAACGAGGAGGCCGUUCAAGAAAGAGAGGAGACGGAAGGGUGCUGCUGAAAAACAGUCAGGCCAACGGGGAGCAGCGAGAGCUCUUGCACCGGUGAAGCAGGAUUUCUCUGUCUACGACUGAGGACGACGCCUCCUCGUGUUCUCGACCUUCCUGAGACUCGAUCUCGAUCAUGGCAGCUGUGAAGUGAUUUUGGUCGUCAAUAUGUGGACUCCCUUUCAAUGCCUCUAUGAAUAUAUAAUCCCUUUCAUGU